UCUCCCAUCCCGAAUGUGUUCCUGGAUCAUCGAUUUGUGACGGCAAGGUCGAUUGCUCUGGAGGCCAGGAUGAAACCAACUGUCCACCAACCUGCAGUCCAAAUCAGAUCUUGUGCUCGGAUAAAAUGACGUGCGGAAACAGAUGCGACAAAAUCUCGGAUUGUCCGCUCUCCGAGGACAAAAAGUCAUGUCCUCAAUCAUGCUUCUGCGACGUCGGAACGUUCCGGUGCAAGGAUGGCGAAACCUGCCUGGCGAUGAUGACGUUAUGUGAUGGUAAUGAUGACUGUCCCGGUGGUGAGGAUGAAGAGCAAUGCUCGCCAGAAUGCCUUUGCAGAGAAUCGAAGUAUCUGUGUGAGGGAGGCAAGAGAUGCAUUGACCGUCAGCUGCUGUGUAAUGGGAUGGAAGACUGUGAGCUUGGUGAUGAUGAAGACGAGUGUCCUGAAGGUUGCAAGUGCAAUGAAAAGGAAUACUUUUGUCUGGGCGGGGAAAAGUGCAUCCCACAGAGCAUCAGGAUGAAGAUAGUGGGUUCGGAUGUAGUGAAAUAUGUGAAAACAGAAGUUGAAAUGUGGGAUGGACCCUUUAUAGAAGAAAAGGAGGCAAACACAAGCACUGUUGGUGCAUAUGAAUGGGACGAAGAUAUUUAG